GAGCUGGGUGACUGAGCCUUGAGACUUUGCUGUGUCCGGUUCAAGCCAAGCCUAGUGACUAUUAUGAUGAAGCUGCCAGUGUUGUUUCUUCUGGUCCUGCUGGCUCCGUCCUCAGCCAGUCUUCAGGACACUGUAAAGAAGAGCUCACAGCACACAAAUGUCUCCAUACUGAACCAAGGUCCAGAGGACAGGAUUCCUGAAAUCAUCUCUAACAGAACAAUGCUAACACAUCGAUUUCUUCCUUCUUCAUCUAUCUUGAGACAGAAGAGACAGGCUCAACCUCCCAACUUAAAUUAUAAAAGCGCCAACCUGAAAUGGCUGACCUGGAACGGCACCCUCCCUAAAGGAUCUGUGUCGAUUUACAAUGAAUAUGUUGGUCGCAUUGACUACGUCUGCAAGUACAAGUGUGAUGCCGGUUUCUACAGCCCCGCCAUGGGUUCUUAUUGCCACUACCCCUAUAAAAAGAAAGAGCUUAAAAGCAACACGUUUGAGAUUCUAGUAAACAAAGACAACUUUGAGAUCCUUGAGUGGAAGGACGGCUCCUAUGGUUCAGUGCCCCAAAAUUCAGUCAAAACCUGUUCCAAAGGGGACAUAUAUGUUGGGAAGAACGUUUAUGGUCUCGGGAAGGUACAUGUUAAGCAUAAGGCCUUCUACCUUCCCUGGAAAGGUUCUGAGUAUUGGUAUAAGAAGAGUUACAAGGUCCUGGCCUAUGACGUUGAUGUAUACAGCGAGCACAUGUCCAACAUCAAGUACAACAUAAAAAGCGCUACAUUAUUCAAGUAUCCCCCAGAGACCAUGCGCACCUCUGCCAUCACCAAUAAUGAGUGCAAGCAAGUGUCAAAAAGUGUCUCUCUCUCAGUUACAAAUCGGCUGCAGAAAACGUGGAACAUUGGCUCUUCCAUCAGGGCUGGUAUUAAGAAGACCUUCACAGCAGGAGUCCCCGGUAUCGCCUCCGGAAGUAUUGAGAUCAGCGCUGAUGUGUCAUUACAGUUCUCAGGAGGACACACUGUAACAGAAGAGUCCUCCUACUCUACUUCUGUGCAGGUCACCAUCCAACCAAACCACUACUGCAGUACCCGUUUGGUGGGAUAUAAGUACAAGACAAAAAUCCCUUUCACUGCACACGUCAGCCGCACCUACAGCAACGGAGAAGAAACUUGGACACUGAUCACUGGGACGUACGAAGGUGUCCAGGUUGGAGAUAUCCAAGCUGUGGUGGACCGAUGCAAACCUUUAACUAAUGCCAAACCUUGCUCCCAAAAGAUACUAAGAUAAUGUGCAUUAAAAAGUCUGAUGAAAAGCUGAUCCUGAAUCACAAUGUGUUUCAUAAAAAGCAAAUUGUGAUACAAAAUGAAUCAUUGUACAUGUUGAAUAGAACAUGUGAGAUUAAAUUCGGCAUUACUGAAAUCAGUUUUAGGGUCACACUUUUUAGACUAAUAUUUUUGAGGUUUGAAUAAGCCAACCUUGUUCACAUUUGGAUGAAUAACAAUAAAUAUACGCAGCACAUUCUGAAACAAAGUUAUAGAGUUUAUUUUACAGUAAAAUAGCAGAGUGUGUUGUAUUUUAUGGAAUUAACAAAUUAACUAACAUAUAAAAAAUUUAACCAUUUCCCGACUUUUCAAAUACUUCUCUUUACACCAAAUGAAUCUCAGCGUAAGUUAAACCAGGAAGAUUAUCUUUAUGCUUCAUUUGUUAUGGUUUUUAGUCUUAUCCUGUUGUCCUCUGUUGUAUUUGGUUACAUCCAUCCUUGGUCUUGUUUGUAGCUUUACUUCCUGUUAUUUUGUAAUCAUCUGUCUGGUGUACAUGUUUAGCUUUGUUUCCGGUGGUGUUAAUGUUCCUGUUGUGCAAUGGAUAAGACACAUGCCUUUGGUGUGAGAAACCUGGGUUCAAUUCCCCACUGCGACCCAUCCACCAUUGUGUCCCUUAAUCCCUAGUUCCUCCAGAGGCGUGCGACCUCUGACAUGUACAGCAAUUGUAAGUUGCUUUGGAUAAAAGUGUCAGCUAAAUGAAUAUGUUCCACUUGUCCACUCCUCACUGUAUUUCAUGUGCUCAGUUCUUUUUUUAAAAUAUAUUUUUGGGCUUUUUGGCUUUAUUACAUAGGAUAGCUGAGAGUAAGGAAAUAUGCAAGAGAGAGAGAAAGGGGACAACAUGCAGCAAAGGACUUGAAUCCGGGCCGCUGUGGCGAGGACUCUGCCUCUGCACAUGGGGCGUGUGUUCUAGUGGUGAGUUAACCAGAGCCCCAGUGUGCUCAGUUCUGUUCAGUCGUUGUUGUAUCCUCAUUGCCAAGUGUCUCAAUUGUGUGUUCAACUGUGGAUUUUUGAGUAUUCUGCCUGUUGUUUCUUCACUGUAUGAACUCACCUUUGUUUGGCUAUUAGCGGCACAACUUUGUAUAUGCCCUGAGUUAUUCUGUAAUGAAAUAAAUAUCACAAACUGUG